CUGAAAAAAUUUGCAUGUGUAGUGGUGUAUGAGUUAGCUCCGUCUUGUAGGCGAGUUAUGCCGGUAUUCUGCUUGCCACAUUUGUCUCAUGUCUCUAUUUUCGAAUUGGCGACCCAUUUAGUCAGGAUGUAUCAUUGUAGUAUUCUGGUUGAUACAGUCAGAAAAAUAUUUACCAACUAGUGUGGUGAAAAGAAGAGCAAGCAAUCAUCUGUUUAGUUUAACUGAUGAGUGCAUAUUCACAAUGAUAAUUUAUGAAUUGAUUGCACGCAAUUAGAUUUUUUGAAAUCAAAUUUCCGAAAAAAUUACUUGUAAAUAAUUGCAUAAUACAAUUAUUGAAAAAAAUAUACUCAAAUAGUUUAUAAUAAAUGUGUAAUACACUCAGUCCUUUUUAUACGCGAUCUCUUUUUACGCUAUUUCACUUUAACGCGAUUAUUUUUGCAGCGCAAAUUCCUUUUUUCACGAGAAUUUCUCACUUUAACGCGGUUAUUUUUGCAGCGCAAAUUCCUUUUUUCACGCGAAUUUCUCACUUAACGCGAUUGCUUUUUUUUCGUUUUUAGCUUGUUUACAUAUUUUUACGCGUAAUAAUUUUUUAAUAUAAUACGGGGAAGUCCCAACUAAAAAUUUUACUCUAUGUGUAUCAAGUAUUGCAAAUCUAGUUAUAAUGUAUUUAGUUAGCGGCCGGUGUAGUUGUUUUGGUAAGACUUUAAAAUAUAUCUAUAAUUUUGUAAUAAAAAUAAUUAAAAAUUUUAAUAAGGAAUUUCAGUUUUUGCUAGCUUUACAAUGGAAACUAAUUCUGGAAAAAAUAAAAAACGUAAAGGCAUUUCUUUAGAAACAAAAAUAAAAGUUUUGGACUAUCUAGAGCAGGGAGCUGGCCCAACAAAUGCGGGAAAGAGGUUUGGACUCAGUGAAUCUACAGUGCGGACAAUAAAAAAAAUGAAAACGCAAUUAGAAAAUCUGUAGUUUCAUUAUAGUAUAGUAAUAGUAGUAAUAGUAGUUAAUUUAAAAACUAAGGGUGAAAUUGCUUCAGCUGAUAGUAAAGCUGCGCAGGACUAUCCACCAAAGUUAUUAAAAAUUAUUCAAGAAGGAGGUUACACGCCAGACCAAGUUUUCAAUGCGGACGAAACCGGCCUAUUUUGGAAGAGGUUACCAAAGCGAACAUAUGUGUCUAAGACCCAAAAAUCAUUUGGUGGUUUCAAAGCUGCAAAGGACCCUGUAACGUUUUUAUUAUGUAGCAAUGCUUCUGGUGGCCGCAUGAUGAAACCGCUGUUAGUAAACAAAAGUCUUAGGCCGCGAGCACUAAAGGGCAAAGAUUUAAAACAUUUACGUGUUCACUGGAUGGCCAAUAAAAAAGCCUGGGUAACUGGAAAUAUAUUCCAAGAAUGGUUUGCUAAAUGCUUUGUACCAGAAUUUAAAAGUUAUUUGGAGAAGAAGAAACAGCCCUUUAAAGCUCUUUUAAUAAUUGACAAUGCACCAGGCCAUCCGUUGAUUGAACAUUCUAACGUAAAUAUCAUUUUCCUCCCGCCGAAUACUACAUCAAUUAUCCAAGCGAUGGAUCAAGGCAUUAUUGCAACUUUUAAAAUGUACUACCUCAAAAAAACUUUUCAGUGCAUUAUGGAAAAACUGGAGGAAAAUCCUGAAUUGGACUUCACCGAUGCUUGGAAAAAUUUUUCUAUCAAGGAUUGCAUCUUGUACGCGUCAAAAGCAAUUUCUGAAAUAAGGCAACAUACGUUAAACGCAUGCUGGAAAUCUCUUUGGCCAGAAUGUGUUAAAAGUGGUAUGUCCGUGACAAGCAAUUCAACUAAUUAUUCAUGUAUCACUGAUUUAGCACGUUCAGCGGGAGGAGAAAUUCUUGCAGAUAUGACGAGAGAAGAUAUUGACGAGAUUCUUCUAGAUUCUUAGAUUCUUCUAGAGCUCGAUGAUGACGAUUUGAUUGAAAUAGCUACGGAAGUAAUCGAAUCGGAAAAUGGCAGCGACACCGAGAUAGACGAGCAUCCAAUUAAAGCAGAGACGAUUAAGCAAGGUCUUAAACUUGCAGCAGAAUUGGACAAUUAUUUUGUAGCAAAUAAUACUGAUGCCGAACGUGCACGAAUUUUUCAAAAAGAAUUGAGUCUCUGCAUGUUAAGAUAUAAAGAACUACAUCGGAAUUUAUUGGGUCUAAGAAGAAGCAUUCAAACAAAAUUACCUGAAUUUAUGGUGCAAAUUCAGUCGGAGAUGCUAAGUCAAUCAGAGCAUCAAUCCAUAGUUCUUACUAUUGAUUCUGAUACAAAUUCAAGUGAUAUCAAUGCCGGCCAUCAAAAUAAGCGGCUAAGAAUAAUCGGUGGCAUGGAGGUGAUCCAGAGAUCUCGGAAUGAAGCUGAAGUGUGUGAGGAUACAUGAGUGCCCAGGCACGCACUUGCCUGAAAACUCGGAUUCCCCAAGUCUAGCAGCCGCUUUCGCAGCCAAGUACCGUCCAGCUAUAUCCACGGGUACUAUGUGCAGUAAGGCGUUAAGUGCCAAGGUUGGUGUCGUACGGAGCGCGCCACUCAUACUUACGAGAGCCGCUCGUUGAACACUUACUAGUCUCUUGACUAUUGAAGUCUUUUCCAAAGACUUCCACCACACGAGUAUCCCAUAGAACAUUAUUGGUUUGACUAUAGUUUCAUAUAGCCAAAGAACCACCUUAGGUGAGAGACCCCAUCUUUUUCCGAUGGCGCCUCUGCAGCAAUAUAAGGCAACCGAGGCCUUCUUAGCUCUCUCCUCUAUAUUAGCUUUCCAUGAGAGCUUUCUAUCCAGGAUGAGCCCCAGGUACUUGACUCUAUCGGCUGGACGGAGACAAGUUCCACCCAUCGAUGGCAAGGGCGCUUCCGGUAUUUUGUACCGUCUUGUGAACAGAACCAUUUCAGUUUUGCUUGGAUUUACUGAAAGGCCACAUUCCGCAGCCCAUUUCGAUACCACGCCAAGAUAACUUUGUGUAAGUUCGUACACAGUGCCUAGGAAUUUCCCCUCGACCAUGAGAGCCACGUCGUCAGCGUAGGCUACCACCCGGCAGCCCCUCUCUGCAAGCUUCUCUAGCAGGUCGUUAACGACCAUGAUCCAGAGAAGAGGCGAGAGAACUCCUCCUUGGGGGGUUCCCCUGUUAACGGCACGGUGUACACGCGCGCUACCCUAGUCCGCUAAGAUCGUUCUUUCGCAGAGCAGACUGAAAACGAGAUGCUUAAGGUUGGAUUCAACCUCGAACCUAUUCAGGGCUCCAAUUACCGCUUCCGGCAGAACAUUAUUGAAAGCCCCCUCGAUAUCAAGAAAGGUUCCCACGGCAAAGUGUUUGUGUGCGAUAGACUUUUCUAUCCAAGUAACCACAGUGUGUAGGGCGGUGUCUACUGACCUGCCUUUACAGUAAGCGUGCUGCGCGCUAGAUAAAAGAUCUACUGGUAUCCUUCCCCUGAUAUACCGAUCGAUCAGCCUCUCCAAAGUUUUCAAUAAGAAAGAGGAGAGACUGAUAGGCCUGAAAUCCUUGACCGUGACAUGCGAGCUCUUUCCAGCCUUGGGAAUGAACGUAACUCUAACCUGCCUCCAAGCCCCCGGAAUGUGACCCAAUCUAAUGCAGUUCGCAUAGAUAGGGGCCAACCAGCUGCAAGGUGCGCUCCACCAGGGAAAGGAUUGCUCGGAAAGUGAGCGUCAAGGAGCAGAUUGAAGGUUUCCUCGCUGCUCAGAGUCCACCUUCCAUUGCCGUCCUUAAGAUACCCCAAAGGGACGGGUUUCUUUGCGAGAAUGGUCCUUAACCUAGAAGAUUCAAUUCAAAUGAAUCAAUUGUUAAUUAAAUAAGAAUAAUUUGAACAACACAAUAAUCGAUAAAUACAUGUACUUAUCCUUAAAUUUGAGCAUAAUGGAGAAGGAA